AUUCUGAUGUUUUCUGUUUGUUUAUAUAUCGUCGGUCGGAUUCAUUACCUGAACAUUUCAAAAAUCACGUGUUUUGAGAUAAGUAUGUAAAAUGGUAAGGAAUUUAAUAAUUUAUCCAAAUCACUAACGGUACAACUCAAAUUGUAGUUCUAAUUGACAAAAAACUAUUUAUUCCGUUAAAGAAAAUUUGAUUUUAUUAAUAUCUUCGUUUUCAGUAUCAGUUUAUUUUGAAAUGUGCCGCUGCCACCCAAAAUUCGUAAGCGCAUCCAUAGUUCAUUAAUGGAAUAUUUCGAAAUGUUCCAGUACGACUCUGAAAUUUUUUACUUGAAUGUUGUUUAUUCGUGUUUUGUGCCAGUUGCGCUUUGAACGCUCAGCGUAGUGGUCACAGACGAAGCUUAAAUAAUUAUUAAAAGUAUCGUUAAACAAGUAUCUGUAAUGAGUUCUAGAGCUAAAAAAUUGCUACAAUUAGCAAUGACCAGGACAGAGAGUGAUGAUGAUCAGUUUAGCGGUGGUGGUUGUGUGGUGGAAUUUGUUCCAGAGACAAAAUUAAAAUUAAAUACUGUACGUAAAGAAAAUCCUACGUUUAAUGUUGUCGAAGGUCAAGAAGGUCAUCAGACCGAACCGGAUAAGAAAAUGAGUGGGCAAGAAAUGUUUUUUUGUAUCGAAUCAGAUCAGCUGUUGCAGUCAAUUGUUAUGGAUGAAGAAAAUAACUUAAACUUACCUAACAUAGGUCUUCAAAAUAAUGAUACAACUUAUAAAAUAACAGAAAAGAGGUCUAUAGAGCAGGAGGAGAUUACAAAUAAACGUUUUAAAGCGACAUCUACUGUAUUUCUGGAGUAUGCUGAGCCUAUGCUAGUUGGUGAGUUGAAUCAUGAACCAGAUCAACCUGCGGUUGUAAUGGAAAGAAACAACAGCUUGGAUAACCUAGACCAACAUGAUUCAGAUUUAACUGAUUGCGAAGAUUUAGGUGGUGAGUUGGAUCAAGAACCAGAUCAAUCUGUGUUAGAAGUGGAUAGAAACGACCGACUAGAUUCAGAUUUAACAGAUUGCGAAGAUUUAGGUUGUGAAUUGGAUCAAGAGGUAGAUAUACCUGUGGUGGACGCCGAAACAAACAACGAAUUGAAUAACGUAGGCCCACAUGAUUCAGAUUUGAUAGAAGGUGGAGAUUUAAAAACCAAUGAUAAACGAUCAAGAAAGAAGAAGAGACAGCCUGAAAAAUGGCAAAAAAAUGUAAAAAAAAGUUUGAAGAACUCAGGCGAGUCUUACCAAACAGUUAAAGGAAACACAAUACCUGCUAAAAAACUAAAACCUCCAUGUUCAACUGAUUGUCGAUUGAAAUGUACAGAAAAAAUUAAUGAAGAAAAAAGGUUAAACAUAUUCAAUGAUUUCUGGGGCAUUGGCGACCUUGGAAGACAGCGCUACUUUGUUGCUAGUUGUAUGGGAGUUGUAAAGCCAAAGUAUUCGCUACACAGGGAAGAUAGUAAGCGAUCCCUGAAUGUAUCAUACAAGUUUACAAUAAAUUCAGAGGAAAUUCGAGUAUGCAAACGAUUUUUUAUGGCAACGUUGGACAUAGGACAUUCUUUUUUAUCUACAGUAAAUAAAAAGAAAGCUUCGGGUAUAAUACCAGAAGAUCGUAGAGGGCGCCAUGGUAAUACCGGUAGAUGUUUACCACAGGCUGACAAAGAUGGUGCAAGGGAACAUAUAAAUUCCUAUCCGAGAAAAGAGUCUCAUUACUGUCGGGCAAGUUCUACAAAAGAAUACCUUGAUGGUGACUUAAAUUUGACUAUGAUGUAUCGACAAUACAAGGAAUGGUGCCAUCAGAAUAGCAAACCUAUCAUCAAGCAAGGAACUUAUGAACACAUUUUUCGAAAUGAGUUUAACAUUGCAUUUCACAAGCCCAAGAAGGAUCAGUGUUCAAUUUGUUUGUCUUAUCAAAAUGCUGUAGGUGAUGAUAAGUUACAACUGAAGUACACUUAUGAAAAACAUUUAAAAGAAAGAGAUUUGUGCAGAUUGGAAAAGAAAUCGGACAUAGAAACAUGCAAAAAUGAUGCUAACAAAAUAAUUUGUUGUUAUGACAUGCAGGCAGUUUUGCAGACACCAUGCGGAAACGAUUCCCUAUUUUUUUAUAAAAGAAGACUCAAUGUAUACAACUGCACCGUAUUUAACGUUGUAUCAAAAGCUGCCUAUUGGUAA